AUGGCCGAGGUCGCAGCUCCCCCCACCAAGCAGAAUGCCUUCACAACCACCACUGCCGCCACCUCUAGGCCGCAGCUGUCCAACUCGAUGCGCAGCAACUCGUACCUGAGCGAUCAUCAGCAGUACCGCCCACCAAGGCAGCCGGAGCCCCAUCAAGGCAUCGACACGGUAGUCGAGGAUGCCAAUCCCAGCAGCAACAAGAAAAAUAGCAGCAGCAACAACAGCAGGCCGUCGCAGGGCCUUUCCUCGCCGGGUAGCGUGUCGCCCAAGCCCAUCCUCCCCUAUCGCGGCGUUCCGUCCGACGAGCAGCCCCCGGUCAUCGUCGACUCGGGUGUGACGCACAGCCUGUCUCAUCCCAACUGCGCGCCGCCCGCGGGGGUCAGGUCGGACCGCCUGGUCGCCACCCUCAUGUACAAGCAGAGGAGCAGCAGCGGUGCUGGCAGCAGCAGCAGCAGCAGCAGCAGCAGCAGCAGCAACAGCCACAGCCAAGGGGCCGGCAUCACCGGCGGCGGGUCGGGCACUGCCGGUGCUGCCCCGGAGAAUAGCGACUCCCUCCCGUCCAACAUGGCCCCGACGACGAGCAUCGACGCCUUCCCCAUGGAGCCGCCGACGCACGAGGGCGACAAGCUGGACCACAUCUACGGGUCGUACAUAUCCCCCCUGUGCAUCACCUCCUUCCUGCACCUGAUGUCGACGUUCCCCGUGCCGCCCGACGCCGACGAGCUCCACUCGUCGCACCGCUGCCUCGACAACCAGGAGACGCCGCGGGUGGUGGAGCUGACGCUGUCGCCGUCCCCGUCGCCCGACUACCUGUCGCUGGACGACCUGCGCAGGCACGAGAUCAUCUACCGCUUCGAGCAGGAGUGGAACGUCGACGUCAACCUGCAGCGCGAGUCGAUCCUGCGCCGCCACCCCCGCCUGGUCGUCUUCGACAUGGACAGCACCCUCAUCACCCAGGAGGUCAUCGACCUGCUGGCCGCCACCAUGACCCACCGGCCCGACCUGGCCGCGCGCGUCGCCGACAUCACCCGCCGCGCCAUGCUGGGCGAGCUCGAGUUCGAGGCCUCGUUCCGCGAGCGCGUCGCCCUGCUCAGGGGCGCCCCGGACUCGAUCUGGGCCGACCUCCGCCCCGUCCUGGACGUCACCAGGGGCGCGCGCGACCUGAUCCGCGCCCUCAAGCGCCUCGGCGUCAAGACGGCCGUCCUCUCCGGCGGCUUCCAGCCGCUCACCGGCUGGCUGGCCGAGCAGCUCGGCAUCGACCACGCCCACGCCAACCACGUCGUCGUCGAGGACGGCAAGCUCACCGGCGAGGUCGAGGGCGUCAUCGUCGGCCGCGAGCGCAAGCGCGACCUCCUCGUCGAGAUCGCGGGGAAGGAGGGCAUCGACCUGUCCCAGACCGUCGCCGUCGGCGACGGCGCCAACGACCUGCUCAUGCUUGCCAGGGCCGGCCUGGGCGUCGCCUGGAACGCGAAGCCCCGCGUUCAGAUGGAGGCCGGAGCCCGUCUCAACAGCGAGAGCUUGCUGGAUCUGCUCUACCUCUUUGGUCUGACUGCCGAGGAUAUAGAUGUUCUUCUGGCGUAA